AUGGCAAUUAAAGAAAUAUCAACAAAUUCAAAAUGGAAAAUUGUUUCAAGUUCCUUUAUAUUAGGCCCAACUUCUGUUGUUCAUGAAUUACUAGAUAAUAGUGUAGAUUCCGGUGCUACAACCAUAUACAUAGAUGUAGAUUCAAAAACUGGAGGUUGUGAAUAUAUUUCAGUGAAAGAUAACGGUUCUGGUGUAGAGAAAGAUGAUAGAUCUGUAAUGUGUCUAAAUCAUACUACUUCCAAAAUUGAAAAUUUUGAGGAUCUUUCAAAUUUAUCUAGUUUGGGAUUCAGAGGGGAAGCAUUGUUUAUGAUUGCUAAUUUAUGUACAGAUAAAGGUUCUAUGGAAAUUGCAACAAGAACUGAAAAUGAGCCUAUAGGAGAGAAAUGGUUUGUUCAAAAAAAUGGAUCUAUUCUUAAUGAUAAAAGGUAUAAGACAUCCUAUGGUACUGGUACUACAAUUACGGUAAGGAAGCUUCUAGGUGGAUUGAGAGCAAGAUACAUUGAUAUGUCAGAAAAAUCAAGGAAAAGUAUAGAUGAAAUUAAACAAAUGAUAAAUCAUUAUUCUUUAAAUUAUAGGUCAAUCAGAUUUUGCUUUUCAUUAGUAUCAUUAGACAAGAAUGGUAAAAUAACCCAGAAACAGUUACAACAAUCAAUGGAUAUAAAACUUUCCAAAGUAAGAGCAUUAUCUUUCUUAUUGAAACUGCGGAAACCAAUAGCAACUAAUUUCAUAGGCUUUGACAAACUUGAAGUAAAUGACAAGGUUAGUCUCGAGGUAAUACUCCCGACGAUGAGACCAGAAUCUGAUAUUAUAAAUGUGAAAAAGCCGUUAAGGUUCCUUUCGUUAAAUAAUAGAGCAAUGUCUCUUCAAUUAGAAAUUGGUCAUUCCAUCAAUAAAUUGCUUAAUUCAUUAUACAAAAGUUUUCAAAUGUUAAAUCCCAUAGUUUGGUAUAUCAAUCUAAAUUGUGACCCCAAGUUAAUUGACUUCAAUAUUGAGCCUGAAAAGAAUGAUGCUUUAUUCAAAGAUUUUGAUUUUAUAUUAGAACAAAUAAAGGCAUGUCUAAAGGAAUUUAUCAUGGAUAAAUUAGAUAUUGGGGAAGAGGAGGAUAGAUCACUAGAAUUCAGAAAUACAAAACCAUUACCAGAAACAGAAACUGGUUCGCAAGCCAUACCAAUUGAUAUAUCAGAACCGGAAAAAACCACAAAUAGAAAUAUAUCUCGACAUUCUCCAGUUUUUAAUGAACAAAGUAUAACAAUGGUAGACCAUAUAAUAGAUAAUGAAGCCGAACCUCAUGCCUUUGGAAAACAAAUUGAAAGCAGAUCCGGUUCGGGUGGAAGUUUAUCUGAAAUAACUGUCAUUGAUGCAAUUGAGACCGGAGUGCCGAAUGCAAGAAUAAAUGGAAGAUCUAUUACAAAUGGGUCCAUGAUUUCAGAAGAAGGUAACUGGUCACAUAAUCUACAUGAUGAACCACUUUCAGAAGACCAAGAUCCUAGAUUAGAUGCCCAGAAUAAAGGGUCUUCUUCGUCGUUAACGUAUAAUUAUCAAGAGACCGAAUUGACCAAUGAGGAUUUAGAGUUAUCUAAGGACGCAUCUCUGUCGAAUCCAUUUAUUAUAGCGAAGAUGAAAAAUAUUGGUAAAAAACAGAAUCCUAAAAACAAAUUGAAUUCCAUUUCCAGUUUCAAUGUCAAUUCGUUACCAGAGAAGCCAACAACAAUGAUCAAUAAAGAUGUACAACUUAAAAAAUUAAGAGAAGUCAAUGGGAAUGGACCAAAUCCAUCACAAAAGUCUCUCUCUCAAAGUGUUUUUAAUUUAGAUGAUACAAGAAUCUUUAAGAGACAAGCAGAUGGAAUAGAAGAGCAUACAGAACAAGAAAAUAGUAUAACGAAACGCUAUCGCUUAGCGGAUAAAUUGGAUACUAAUGUAACGGGAAAACGUAUAGGGAAAACUGAAACUCAAAAGGUGAAAGUGGUGGCCACUAAAAAAAAGCAUCGGAAUAAAAAACUGUCUAUGUUUUCAGAAUUUACAAAUAGUUAUUCUAUCCGUAUUCUUUAUAAAAGCUUGAAUAUGAUGGAAUUAUCGAAAGUAUCCAAGGAGGCAGAAAGAAUAUUGACGGCACAUGAAGAUGAGAGGCCGUCUAAGAUGUUGCUAGCUCAACUUCGAGAUACUAAUAAAACCAUAGGAAAAAAGUAUAAUUUGAAGAGAUCUAACCGAGGCUGGUACAUUUAUGGCACGGGGCCCCCAUGA